UUCAUUCGUGUAACAGCUUAUUAACUGAGCUUAUUAACUGUUGUUCUUGAGGAAUGAAUCCUUGAUAAAGUCCCGCCUUUCCCCAUAUAAUAUAGCGUCUCUUUACUUAACCGAAAAGCCUUUAACAUUCACCACGAGAGGUUCAGAUGACUUGGUUCAGUCCUACCAAUGGUAUGCUUUUCUUGGUCAAAUUUAAUAGUAUUUGUGAAAGGCACAAACGAUUUGGCAUUGACAUUUUCAAUUUCUGACCGUAAUUCUUUAUCAAAUUCUUUCUCCAAUAGUGCAAGAAACAAGUUUUCUCUCAUCUGUACAGAAUUCAAAGCUCUGGUUAAGUUGAAGUCAUAUGAGACAUGGAUCAGAAUCAGGCUAUUACAGUCCUUCCAGGUGAUGCCCUUGUGGAUUCCAUCAAAGAGAACUUGGAAUCUUUGUCUUCUCUUUCAACCAACUGUUGUAUCUAUAAGGCACCUGAGAGGCUGCGAAGAUUGAACCCCGAUGCUUAUUCGCCUCGGGUUGUAUCGAUUGGGCCCUUACACUACGGUAAAGAAGAACUUCAAGCCAUGGAAGAUCAUAAACUGAGGUACCUACAGAGUUUUAUUCCUAGAACAGCCUUAAGUUUGGAAGACCUGGUAGGAGUUGCAAGGACAUGGGAAGAAAGGGCUCGCUUUUGUUACACAGAAGAUGUAAGACUUAGUAGCAAUGAAUUUGUGAAGAUGUUAAUCGUUGAUGCAAGCUUCCUAGUAGAACUUCUUUUGAGGUCUCAGUUUGAUGUAUACAGAGGUAUGCUAGAUAGGAUAUAUGGGAAGCAAAAGAUGAUUGUCGAUGUGAACCAUGACGUUAUGUUACUUGAAAAUCAGCUUCCAUAUUUUGUUGUCGAGGGGAUGUUUGGAUUGCUACAUGUUGACUACCAUAGGGAACUUCCACCUCUGACUCGAAUCAUUCACAACCACUUCAAGAAAUUCUGGAUGAGCAUCCCUUCAUUUUCGAGAAGCAUUUCUGAUUCAAAGAUCUGUCAUUUUGUUGACCUUCUGCGAUCUAUUCACCUGCCUUUGGUUUUGAGUUUUCCAGGAGGAAGCAUGAGGAUGAUGGACUCUGUACAGAGUGCAAAAGAGAUUCAAAAUGCAGGUGUUAAGCUCCAGCCCGCAGACAACAACACCUGUGCACUUGACAUAAGCUUUGCCAACGGAGUCCUCACGAUUCCCAAAAUCAAGAUCAACGACAUCACAGAAUCUCUGUACAGAAACAUCAUCUUGUUUGAGCAAUGUCAUCGUUUAGAUGUUUACUUCAUCCACUAUAUGAGGUUCCUCAGUUGCUUCAUAAGAUCUCCCAUGGAUGCUGAAUUGUUCAUUGACCAUUUUGGCUUCCAGGGAAAACAAAAGGGGUUUUAUAGUGAGAAGUUACCGGUUUGGGGGCUUGAUUUUAGUAAACGAAUCUGGUGCGCAAUCAUGACGGUCCAGGUUAUUGCCAUACAGAGAAUUAUAGGCAAGUCGACUGUGAGAAUUUUAUCUGAAGCAGUUUUAAGUCGAGCUGCAGAAGCCACAGAAUCCUGA